CCGCCCUCCGUAGUAACCUCUGCGGGAGAGGGGGCGGGGCGUGGAGGGCCAGACCUGGAAGUUAGGGAAGUGAGUUCAAUCCGUAACUGGUCGCUGCGGGUUCUAGAGAGUCUGGUGGAAGUGUAGGUCAGCCCUGUAGAAAAGGCUGGGGAGGGAGCAUUCCGUAGGCGUCUACGUAGGAGGUUGUUGCUUUCCUGCAGUGGGAGAUACCGCAGGGGGUAGAGGGGAGCUCGUAGGAGUCCAUGGGGCGCCUGUAAAUGUGGUCAGUCUUUGUGGUCGGUCAUAAUGGGUUCUGGUUGUUAGUGAUUUAAAAAUCUGAACCUACCAGCAGCCAAGAGUCCUGAGGUCAGGGAUACGGGUCUUCGGGGGUCACUCGGUCUGUAGGACUCAAUGAUUGAGAAUUUGGGGUGGUGUUUGCCAGGGAAUAUGGCCCUUGGUUAGGGUUAUGGAUUAAGUGGGAGCUCCGUGACCCAGGAACUGUUAAGGGAGGUCCUGGCCAUUCUGGGAAGGGAUAAGAAGUGAAUGAAGAAGACUUCUAGGACCUACAUAUCAUUUCUGGAGACACCCUUCAUCAGUGACUGAGAUUAUUAGGGCAUCUACAGAAGAGACAGAGUAUCCCAGUUGACUCUUUUCCUAAAUAGAAGAAAAUGACCAAUGUACAGGAUGUCAAGGCAGCAAGCCAGAUGCAUUCUUCAGGUUGGAACAAGAAGAACCUUGGACAGUAGAUGAAAUGCACAGUCAUAUUUGUCCAGAAAAUGGCAAAGUUGGUAAUCAUCGGCAGGGUCACAUGAAAAAUCAAAGAAUGCUGAAGAAUAUGAAACAAUACUAUAAAGACAAUGCAUUUGGAAAUACUAUUCUUCAAAGCAAAAGUCAUUCUGUGUUACAUAUAAAAACUUUGAAGUCAAAUUUGGGUUUUGUCAACCAGAGCAAAAACUAUGAAAUUAAGAAUGCUACUAAAUUUAAGGAAAAUGUGGAGACAUUUAUGAAUGGCAAGUGUGAAGAAUUCCAUUCUGCAGUUAAAUUUCUUGUAAGUAGAAAACCCAUUAACAAGUCCCAAGUCAUUAAGCAUGAGAAAACUCAUGAAAUAGAGAAAAACCAUAUAUGCAGUGAAUGCGGGAAAGCCUUUGCCAAGAAAUCGCAGCUCCCUGAUCAUGACAGAAUUCACACAGGAGAGAAACCUUAUGGAUGCAAUAUGUGUGCAGAAGUAUUCCCAAGAAAGUCCAGGCUCAGUGAACAUCAGAGAAUCCAUAAGAGAACGUUCACAUGCAGUGAAUGUGGAAAAGUCUUCACCAUGAAGAGCCGUCUGAUUGAACAUCAAUGAAUUCACACUGGAGAGAAACCCUAUGUAUGCAGUGAGUGUGGAAAAGGGUUCCCAGGCAAGCGUAAUCUCAUUGUACAUCAGCGAAAUCAUACUGGAGAGAAGUCUUACAUAUGUAGUGAGUGUGGAAAAGGCUUCACUGGGAAAAGCAUGCUUAUCAUACAUAAGCGAACUCAUACAGGAGAGACGCCCUAUAUCUGCAGUGAAUGUGGGAAGGACUUCACCACAAAGCAUUAUGGCAUCAUACACCAACGAAAUCAUACAGGAGAGAAACCAUAUGUAUGCAAUGAAUGUGGGAAAGGCUUCACCAUAAAACGUCGUCUGGUUGAACAUCAAUGAAAUCAUACAGGAGAGAAGCCCUAUGUGUGCAGUGAAUGUGGAAAAGGAUUUGUUAGAAACAGUAAUCUCAUUGAACAUCAGAGAAAUCAUACUGUAGAGAAAUCAUAUGUAUGUAAUGAAUGUGGAAAAGGCUUCACUGUGAAGACUGCACUCAUCAUACAUCAGCGAACUCAUACAGGGGAGAAACCCUACAUUUGCAGUGAAUGUGGGAGAGGCUUCCCCUUGAAGAGUCGGCUGAGCAUACAUCAGCGAACCCAUACUGGAGAGAAACCUUACAAAUGUAGUGAAUACGGGAAAGGUUUCAUUGUUAAUAGUGAACUGAUGGUACAACAGCGAACUCAUACUGGAGAGAAACCUUAUGUAUGCAAUAAAUGUGGAAAAGGUUUUGCUUUUAAGAGCAAUCUUGUUGUACAUCAGCGAACUCACACUAGAGAGAAACCUUUUAUGUGCAGUGAAUGUGGAAAAGGCUUCACCAUGAAAUGUUAUCUCAUUGUACAUCAGCAAACUCAUAUAAGAGAAAUCCCAUAUAUGUAGUGAAUGUGGAAAAGGCUUUGUCAUGGAAACUGAGUUCAUUUUACAAAAGCAAGUUCAUACUGGAGAGAAACCAUAUGCAUGCAAUAAAUGUGGUAAAGGCUUCACUGUGAAAAACUGCCUAAUUGUUCAUCAAAUAAUUCAUACAGGAGAGAAACCCUUUAUUUGCAGUGAUUGUGGAAAAGCUUUCUCCUUAAAGAGAAAUCUCAUUGUAUAUCAGUGAACUCAUAAUGGAAUCAAACCCUAACAAUGCAAUGAAUAAUGCUCAUGCCUUCAGGAAGAAAGUAUGUCUUAUGCAACAUCAGAUAUUUCAUGUAGGAUAGACUUCUUUUAUGUAUAUUGAAUGUGGAAAAUUCUACUUGUACACUGUUGGUCUAAUUAUUCACCAGAGAAUUUAGACAAGAAUUUAAUCCAAUCACUGUGGGAAAAUCUUCAACAUGAAUUGUCUUCUAAUUCCUUGAUGCACCCAUUGUAAUCAAGAAACUAAUACUAGAGAGGAGACUAUGGAUUUAGCAGUUAGAGGUAACCUCAUUUAUCAAGUUUCAUUAAAAUACAACAGUAUACACAUGAGCGAUGUGUUAUGUCAGGGUACAUAAUCCUUUUCACAUAAUCUGAACCUAUUACAAGAAAACUCAUGUAGGGACAAACCAUAUUAGUACUUGAACUCAUUAUGUAUUAGUGUGCUAGUAUACAUGAAUUUAGUGUAGACCAGCCUAUUACUAGGUUUUUAUUAUUGGAGAUUAUGGAAUUUGCCCAGGAAUGAAAUUAAAUGUCUAUAGAAAAUGUAGUGCCUUCAGUGAUAAAGUCAUACUGUAUGUCAAAUGUGGGAAAACCCUCUGAUACAUUCAAAGUAGAAAAGUCUUGAAAAAUUUCUAAGUAAUAACAUGUCUAUAAAAGUGUAUGUGGAGAUACAGUACAUAUAAGUCAGGAGACUAAGAAUGCCUUGUAUGGGAAGAAAGACACUAUCUCCUUGGUGAUCAGAAUAGAUUAUCAGUGAGCUGAAACACAGUAGUGAUGUAAUGAUCAGAGAAACGCCUUUGCCCAGAAAUGAAAUCUUAGUAAUAUUUCACACCGAAGAAAUUUCAGAUGGCAAUGAAUAUGGCAGGAUUUCAGUGAUAUAUUCUGCCUCAUUAUUUAUCAUUAAGGCAUACAGAAAUAAAACUGGUAAGAACACACUAAAUGUGUAGUAACCAGCAAAAUGUCAGGAAUUCAUGGAAGUAAAGGAGCAUCAUGAAAACAAUGUAUUUUGAAGGGUUUUCCAUCACAAGGCUAAAGUUAUCACACACCUGAUAACUAUUUUGAAACACAGAAACUUUUCUAAAUGAUUCCACCAUUAAAAAUGGAUUGUUCUCAUAAUUGAUUAAAUUUUAAUGUUAUGUAAAAGGCAAGUGUAUUCUAUGCUCAUGUUGUAUCUUUAUAUCAUUAGCUUUUGCAUAUGUUAGGCUAAGAAUUUGUCUACUACUGAUAUACUUCAAAAGUACAUUAAAUUCGGCCAGGGAUUUAGCUCACUGGCACCGUGCCUGCCUGGCAAGUUCAAGGUCCUGAGUUUGAUCCCUGGUACCCCCCCCAAGUACAUUAAAUUCAUAAAUGUAGCUCAACAUAUUGGUGUUUAUCAAAGUUUAUAAGUAGUAUUAAGUAGCUGACAAAAAUACCUUAAAUGAUUUUACAGUUUUGACAUAAUUUUAGAUUCACAAGAAAUUACAAAAUAUAUGUUCUUUAGUACCCUUCACAUAGUUUCUUCAGUGAUGCUGUUUUAACCAUAAUAUGGUAUAUAAUUAAAACCAAUUAAAAUGACAGCACUUUUAUUGUUUUGGUGCUGAGGAUCAAACAGCAUUGGGCAUACUGUGUGCAUGCUCUCAUUAAGCAAUAGUCACAGUUAUAGAUCAGUUCUAAUUAAACUACAGACCUUUAGACCACUAGUUUUUCAAUGCAUCAGAUAGACAUGCUUUAUUUUUGUAUGUAUGUAGAAUUCUAAAAAAUUUUGUAAUGUACAGAUUUCUGUAAAUUCCACCAAAGUUAUGAACUAUACAAGAAAAUAUCCUGUUUUAUUACCUUUUAAUAUGCAAAUCUUCUCCCCACAACUUGAUCCUAUGCUAACUGCUGAUCAGUACUCAAGCAGUGUAAUUUUGUCGAGAAUGCUGUAAAAUUGGAAUCAUACAAUAGGCAACCUUUGAUAUAGGCCCCUUUUCACUCAGCAGAUUGUCUUUUAAGAUCCAUUCAAACUGCUGAAUGUAUAGUUUUUUGUUGUUACGGAGUAGUACUUUCUAUGGAUAUACCAUAGUUUUUUCUUUUUUUGUUUUUUCCAUUCACUGAUGAUAGACGUUUGGGUUGUUUUUAGUAUUUUGGUGUUUCAAAAAUGCUGUGGGAGACAUUUGGGUUGUUUUUAGUAUUUUGGUGUUUCAAAAAUGCUGUGAAUAUUGGUAUACCUAAUUUUGUGUGUACAUAAGUUUUUGUUUUUGUGGGAUAAACACCCAAGAGCACAACUGCUGGUUCAUAGGAUGUCUAACUUAGUAAGAAACUGCCAAACUUUUCCAUAGUGGCUGUACUAAUUUCCAUUCCCACCAGCAAUGGAUGAGCAUUCUGAUUGUUUGAUAGGAUCUUUCUAGCAAUUGGCACUAUUUUAGCCUUCCUAUUGAUCUAUGAUGGUAUGUAAUCAUUGUCUUAACACGUUCCCACUGGGUUGAAUCACUGGUAUACAUGCAUGAUAGUCCCAUCUUCUCAAUGGGAGAGUCAUAUAUGUACCACAGAUAGUUGAGAGCUGCCCACCAGCAAGACAUAGGAAUUACAGCCCCAUUGUGAUCACGUUAACUUACGUUUUGCUAACAACAAGUGAUGGUCAACACAUCUACAUCCAAUGAGAACCAUGUAAGAUAAAAUUACAGUUUUCACUCUCAACAACCAAAUACAAGUUUUAAAAGUCAAAA